AUGGUCCAGGUAAGUGAAGUAAAAGAAUCUGGUGCUGGAAAUCAAGGCUCCACCCGCACUGCGGCACACACACAUAUCAAAGGACUCGGUUUGGAUGCCCAAGGUGUGGCUAAACCUGUAGAAGGUGGCUUCGUGGGACAGGUGGAGGCUCGGGAGGCUUGUGGGGUCGUUGUAGACCUGAUUAAAGUUAAGAAAAUGUCCGGAAAAGCCAUCUUACUCGCAGGGGGGCCAUCAACUGGUAAAACCGCAUUGGCGUUAGCAAUCUCGCAAGAACUAGGACCCAAGGUGCCUUUUUGCCCUCUAGUAGGAUCCGAACUUUACUCAGUUGAAGUUAAAAAAACAGAAGCACUUAUGGAAAAUUUCAGAAGAGCCAUUGGUUUGAGGAUCAAAGAGACCAAAGAAGUUUAUGAGGGUGAGGUAACAGAGUUGGCCCCUCAGGCCGCUGAAAAUCCACUGGGAGGCUACGGGAAAACCAUCGCUCACGUUAUUGUGGGUUUGAAAUCUGCUAAGGGAACGAAAACACUGCGAUUGGAUCCUACGGUUUACGAAAGUAUCGAGCGCGAAAACGUCAGUGUUGGUGACGUCGUAUACAUCGAGGCUAACACAGGUGCUGUGAAGCGUGUGGGGCGUUCAGAUGCAUACGCCACAGAGUUCGAUUUGGAAGCCGAGGAAUAUGUUCCAUUGCCCAAAGGUGAAGUUCACAAAAAGAAAGAAAUUGUGCAAGAUGUGACGCUACAUGAUCUGGAUGUGGCAAACGCCCGUCCCCAAGGUGGUCAAGAUGUGGUGUCGAUGAUGGGCCAAUUAUUGAAACCCAAGAAAACAGAAAUUACUGAAAAACUGAGACACGAAGUUAACCGCGUGGUGGCAAAGUACAUAGACCAAGGUGUUGCAGAGCUCAUCCCUGGUGUUUUGUUCAUUGAUGAAGUCAACAUGCUAGACAUUGAGAUUUUCACAUAUCUAAACCGUGCACUAGAGUCUUCCAUCGCCCCGGUAGUAGUACUGGCAUCUAACCGCGGUCUCACGACGGUUCGUGGCACAGAUGAUAUUGUAUCGCCUCACGGUAUCCCUCCUGAUUUGGUUGAUAGAUUGCUCAUUGUCAGGACGCUACCUUACUCCAGAGACGAAAUCCGCACGAUCAUCGAAAGGAGAGCAGCCGUUGAAAACCUCAAGACAGACUCCGAAGCACUAGAUUUGCUUGCCACCAUGGGGUCUCAAACCUCACUUCGUUAUGCAUUGCAGCUACUAUCACCAUGUGGUAUAUUAGCAAAGACCUCCGGCCGCUCAGAAAUCACACAAGCGGAUGUCAACGAGGCCAAAUUGUUGUUCCUCGAUGCCAAAAGAUCGACACAGAUUGUACAAUCUAGUGGCGACUUUUUGUAG